CGGCCUGUCUGUCCGGAGCGACGGCGACCUCACGUGCCUCGCGUCCCAGACCUCCCAUUGCUCCGCCCACAGCAGCAGCCAGCCAUGGAGGGCAACCCGGCGGGCGGGGCCGCCCGCGCGACGCAGCCCGAGCGCCGCCCACCCGCCGCCUCGCCGCGGCUCUCGGAGGACCCGAGCGGGCACCCACCGCGGCCGGAGCCGCUGUCCAGCCUGGCGGCGGCCUACGGAACCAACCUGGCCUGGCGGGGGAGAGCGCUGGCCGAGCGCUUGGUGCCGCUGCGCCGCUUGCAGUGCUACUUCGCGGUGGACACGCGGUACGUGGGGCAGAAACUGGCGCGGCUGCUCUUCCCCUUCGGGCACCAGGACUGGCAGGUGCGCUACCAGCAGGACCCCCCCGUGGCACCCCGCUUCGACGUUAACGCCCCCGACCUUUACAUUCCAGGUAGGGCCCGGGCAGGGGCGGGAGGGGCGCUGGCCCCGGCUGCAGGCCGCCCCCCUUCCUCCUCCUCUUCUUCCUCUGCAGUCAUGGCCUUCAUCACUUACCUGCUGGUGGCUGGGCUGGCGCUGGGGACGCAGAAUCGGUUCUCUCCCGACCUGUUGGGCUUGCUAGCGAGCUCCGCCUUGGCGUGGCUGAUUGUGGAGGUGCUAGCCGUUCUGCUCGGCCUCUACCUUGUGGCCGUCAACACCGCACUGACCCCGAUUGACCUGGUUGCUUUCUCAGGCUACAAAUACGUAGGCAUAAUUGCAGGCCUCUUGGCAGGGCUGGUGUUUGGGAAGCCUGGUUAUUAUGUGCUGCUCGGCUGGUGCUGUGUCACCAUCUUUGUGUUUAUGAUCCGUUCGCUUCGCCUGAAGAUCCUAUCAGAGGCAACUGAAGGGGUCCUGAGGCGGGACACCCAGAACCAAGUGCGCAUGUACCUGACCAUGGCUGUGGCUGGGCUGCAGCCCCUCCUCAUGUACUGGCUGACCUUUCACCUCAUCUACUGAUGCUUUGCUCAGGCAGUUGCUUUGUGCCCCCAACAUCCACCCACCAUUUCCAACCUGUCCCCUCUCCCUCCCUGGCCACCCUGGUUGUGCAGAAGGCAGAGCAGAGCAAAUGGGUAUUUCUGGACCCUAAUUUACAGCUCCCCAAUCCUUCUUUGGAAGGGGCCUGGCAGUUUGCACUGCUCCCACCUUGAUUUGGCUCAGGAUUUUUGCUUGUUCUGCUCUUUUCUGUCUGGUUUCUGUCCAGCCAGGUUGGUCACUCCUGCAGAGGAGCUGGGAAAAGGGCCUGCUUUCCUGUCUCUUCAGGAUAUGGAAUUUCCUGCUUGCCACAAACAGAAUAAAAUGUGGGAGGCAGUGUAUGUGCUCUGUCGUUUUGAGAGGGUACUGGAAGGCAUUUUCUAUCUCCCACCUGCCGUCCCCCAAGGGGUUGGCCUGCCCUGCCACAUGCAGUCAGAAGCAAAAUGGUUGUGCCUUCAGCCACUUGGGAAGAUGUUUGGAAAAGCGUGGGAAAGAGAAGCAGUUAGGUUUCUGGUGGCAGGCAAGCCUGCUUUGCAACAGGGGCUUUCCAGGAAAGCUCCAGGGAGUAGCAGCUACCUUUGUUGCCUGCGCUGAAUUGGCAAAGAGCAGCCUUAGUUGGGCAGGAUAAGGACUUGGCGCUGCUGCCAGCCUCUUCCGAUGCCUUCUGGGCUGCAGCUGCAGCCCUUGGCCAGUAGCUCCCCAAUACUAAAGCAUUUGUUGUACAAAAUGUUAAGUUACUCUUUUAUUCAGAGUCCACUCAUUACUAAAAACACAAUUAAAAGAAUCCCUCAUGAUUUAAUACAA